AUGAUACAGCUAUCAUAUCUGUUAAUUGUGCUGUUCUCCCUGCAGCUGUGGUGCGUCUGCCCUGCGCAGGCCGCAGCCUCGACCGGCCACCACGGGCCUGACAACCACCACAUCCUCAAAAGAUCCGCGCUCAACCUCCAACGUCCCACACGCCCCUCCAACCCCACCGUCGCCGCCACAUACGACAAGUACAACGUCCGCUCGGACGACAGCUGGUGGUGCGGCCUGGGCACCGUCGGCUCGCCGGCUGAAUACCACCCGGAUAGCAUAUACCCCGUCAACCACCUCUUCACGGCCGCGGCGGUCAGCAAGACGAUGGCGAUGGUGGUCGGGCUCGGGAGGGGCAACUUCAGAAAGUAUCCGGGAAACUUUAUGAACCGCGAUCCGGCGGGGAAGACGCUGCUGCCCGAUAUAGUGCUGAGCCCGGGCUUCACGUUGAAGUAUUUUCCGAUUCUGCAUGAUGGGAGCAAAUGGGCGCCGAAAUCGAAGGAUGCGAGCCAGGAUGCGGGUAACUUUCGCGUGGUGUAUAGCAUGUCGGCGGACAAGAAGACGGUCAAGUUCCAUGGGCUGGUCUUUCAUCCCCCAAAGUCGCAAGAGCUGCGCGUCUGCGUGAAGCUGUCUCCCGAGGAAUCGAAGGCCGCAAAGAAGAAGACGCAGGCCUCCGCAACAAGGGGGAAACAGGCUGCCGCUGUGAAGUUGUAG